AUGGAUCAUAAGACAUAUAAUGAUCUAAUGGAUCUAUGUUCUGGUAUAAAUGAUGCCUUUGUUUCAUUGUUCAGUCUCGCAACUUAUGAUGAGAGAGAAAUCGAAUUGCUAUACCAGGAAAUCAAAUCAAAGAUUCUUGAACCAAAAAUUAUGUAUCGAGCUCAGAUUAUCUCAUUAAUAUAUGAAAUAACCCAGAACAGAGAUAAAUAUUGUUCGUCAUAUCAAUUUUUAAUUGAUAAAAUUAAUGGGGAAAAUAGAUACUCGGUAGAAACUUAUAAUGAAAACUUUUUAAAUAAACUUAGCCCAUUUCAAAGAGCAAUUAUUAAUGAUGAUUUACAUUCUCUUAUUGAUUUAACAGCAAUGGAAGAAUCAAAUUUAUGUCAACAACCACAAAGUAGAUUAAGCUGGAAUUUUCUUAAUAGAGAACAGUUUGGUGAAAUUUUACUUGUGUGGUGUUGCAUGUAUGGAGCUGAAAACUGUUUCAAGUAUUUAAGAACAGAAUUUAAAUAUGAAAUUACACGCAGAUGUCUUCAAAAAUCGUUUUUAGGUGGAAACGCUGAUAUUAUGCAUGAAUGUUUGAAAUCUCAAAUGCCAGAUGAUAUGUGUAUGAGUUAUGCAAUUGAAUCUUAUAGAAUUGAUUUUGUUCUUUAUUUGAUGAGUACAUUCAAUAUUAGAAUACCCCUUUCUGUCUGCUCUAAAUUUUAUUUUUUCCAGGGUUUUUUUAUCUAUUUGGAUCAGACAAAGAAUUUUAAGAAUUCAUUCCAAGAUAUUAUGUUAAUUAAUUUCCCACCUUUAUAUGAUUAUCUCAUUUCUCAUGGUGCAAAUGUCAAUACACAUUAUAGUGAAUAUAAAAGCAUUAUCUCAGGAAUAAUACAAAAUAAUUAUUACGAAACUGCGAAAUUAUUCAUUGCCAAAGGAGUCAGAAUCAAUGUUGACAUUGCAUAUAAAAGAUCUCUUCUUUAUUCUGCUGUUGAAGAUAAUAAUAUCGAAAUGACUAAAUUUCUAAUUGCCAAUGGUGCAAAAAUCAAUAGGGAAGUGGCUUCUGGAAAUAUACUUCAUUUAGCAGUAAGGUACAAUCUUGAAGAGAUGACAGAAAUUCUCCUUUUGAAUGGUGCUAAUCCUAGAAUUAAGGAUUUUGGUGGUAAAAUUGCACUUAGCCUUGCGAUUGAAAACAACAAUAAGGAUAUAUCAGAGCUAUUAAUUUUACAUGGUUCUGAUGUUAACUUCAAAGAUUACAAUAAGAAAUCUUUAAUUCAUUAUGCAAUAGAAAUUGGAAAUCAAGAUCUUGUUGAACUGUUAGUUUCACAUAGUGCAAAUAUCAAUGCAAAAGAUAAUCAAAAUAAUACUGCGCUUCAUUAUGCUGUAAAAAUGGCAAUAAAGAUAUUUUAA